CUAUAAUCCUUAUAACGCUUUUUCAAACGUUCACGCGCAAGCAAUUAUUUCUCGAAAGCGCGUUACGCAGCUUUGAUUCGAGAUUAAGAUAAAUGUUUAUCUAAGUUAGUAGGUACGUGUAAUUCGUGUAAUCGUUCGUGCUCACUCUCGUUUUUAUUAUUAUCAGAUAUGAGGAAAAAUCGUCUAGGGAAGUGACGCUUUCGUUGAAAUGACGCUCGAUCGCACAACUAUUUUUCAAUUCUCGAUGGAGAUGAAGGGAUGAUUCGUACGGAUAGAAUACAGUAUGUACGACACUUGUUGGAAAUAACUCGCGAUAGUUCAUUUUCUUCUUUUUUAUUUUUUUUUAUAAAUGAUCGAGCUUUUUAUAAAUAAUCGAAUGAAUUAUUAUUGAAUAUAAUUUGAAGAUGAAACGAUUAGCGAUAACAAUUACACUUAAACAAUAGAUAAAUAGAUAGAUAAAUAGAUAGAUAGAUAGAUAGAUAGAUAGUUGUAAAACGUAAAAGAGCUCGUUAAGAGACAGCAAAAGGAUUUGCCUCGGUGUUGCAUCGUUCAACUCGCUUUUGUUAACUUUUUCGUUGUUCUCUGCAAUUAAGAGAGAAGGAAAAGUAAGUACGGGCCUCGAGGUCGUGGCACGCUCAAAACGAAACGAAACGAAACGAAACGAAACGAAACGAAAUGAAAUAAAACGAACGAAACGAAACGAAACGAAACGAAACGGAAUGAAACUAAACUAAAUGUAAUGCCGACGAAUCUCGGUGAGUGGGAUCGAAGACAAGUAUUUGCCUUUGCUCCGAGCUAAAUUACCGGCCUGUUCUCUCCAACGUAUACAUUAGUGAAAUUAUAAUAUUUCGUAAAAUACAGAGUACCGCUUUAAUAAUAUGUAUUUCUCUUUAAUGUACAAGAAUUAUGAGAUACGCUCUCUGAAAGUUUCAUCAAUGGAAUACGUACGACGACGAUGCGACGACAACGACUAGAUACACCGAAGGAAACAAUAUUACAAGAAUAAAGCCGUUACGACGACGACGUUACAACAAAAGAAUAAAUUCGUUCGCGUAUCGUAUCGUAUCGUAUCGUAUCGUAUCGUAUCGUACAGGUCAAUAACUUGCAUAGUUCAACACGUACAUAUACAUACACGCAUACACGCACGUAGACACACGCAUAUACUUUAUGUUUCAUCCUCUCAUUUUAUACAUCUGAGAGCAUAAAACAAUAGUUAAUUCUAACGAAAAAAAAAAAUGGGAUCUUUCGAUCGAUCGUCGUUAAAAAAAAAAAGAAAUAAAAAUAUGUAUGAUUGGAGAUCUUAAUCGAGAGCAUAUUUUUAAAAAACGUAUCUACCUACGUAUUUGUAUGUACGUAUGUGUAUGUAUGUAUAUUGCCAUAUUUUCUCGGUGAUUUACUUUUCUAUACGUUUGCUACUUCAUUGCGUGAUCAUUGAUUCUGUGAAGUACGAGCGAUUAUAUAAGAGUCAAAAGCUUGUUCGGCUUUUUUGUUUAUCGCGCAUUGAAAAAGUAAUAAAAAGAAAUAUGGUUGAAGUCGCAUUUUUUAAAAUAGAGAGAGAGAGAGAGAGAGAGAGAGAGAGAGAGAGAGAGAGAGAGAGAAAUAAAAAUCGAUAGCUUUCCUUGGUUGUCCCAAUGGUUUUCAGUUUUCAGACAUAAAACGAUAUCACACAUGUCGGUACGAUAACGUCCGGACUCUCGCAUUUGAGAAAAAUCCGUAACGAAUUUUUUCAGACUCACUUCGUUUCUUCUUCAGAGAAGAAAAAAGAAAGAAAAAGAUAUCCGUCGACGGUACAUUUUAUCGUACGAUUCUGUCAUCGAAUUAGUAUCGGGUAUAGCUUUAUCGAAAUACAUUCAUGAAAUGCAAUAAUUAAUUUUCAAUCGCAUAACAACGAAACAGUCGUAAUGAAUGCUUCAAGAAAUGCUUUAAUUACGUCGUUAUUAAUUUCCAUAUCGUCCAUGGAUGCACAUUAUUAAUACAUCCAUCCAUCCAUAUAUAUAUAUAUAUAUACACAUCGAUUUGCAUUUUGUUCGAUGAAAAUAUUUUACAAUAAGUUUUAUAGUAUCUAUCCUUUAAAUUUGUGCAUCAAUAAAAAAAACUGAUUGCUAUUUUAUAUCUAUUUAUAUAUGUGUAUUUGUGUACACACACACACACACACACACACACACACACACACACACACACAUUAUGUAUAUAUAGACGUAUAUGUACGAAGAAAAACAAAAAAAAAUAUAUAGAAACGAAAUAUGUACGUAUCAUAUUUCGACUACACGAUCAUAACACGCUCGAUGUCGAUUCUCUUUCGUUUUUACGAAAAUGUCGAUGGUCGUUUGUUGAAUUUGACGAGGAUUGACGGUCGAUUAUCACACUUUCGUCCAUUUCUAUAAAUUUUUUUCUCCCUCUUUUUCUCUCUCUUUCCCUCUCUUUCUCUCUCUCACCCCCCCCCCCUCUCUCUCUGCAAGAAAUGACGUCCAAAAAUCCAUUGUAUAAUAUAUAUUGUCCCGAACAAAUACACGUACCGGUGACUUUUCCAUAUAUAUUAAAACUUUACGCGAAAGCUGCGAUACGUACACAACCAUACGAUUUGUUAAAAUGGACGGCCGCAUAUUUUCGUGCUCUUGCAAACAAGGAGGUACCACCGGUGAAGGAAAGAUUGGAAUAUCCUCCAUUUGAACAUCCGUCCGGUAUCACUCCUGGAUAUUUGAAGACUCUAUUAAACAGAUUUGGUCACGUAAACAAAGUCCCCUUGAGAGCUAUUCUAGAACAUUGGCAAGCUAUAGCGUGUGGAUUAUUGGCCGACAAUUUAACGGAUACCAUGAUUUACAUCUGCGAGCUACUGACGGAGGAGCCUGAAGGCGGUUCUGCGAUGAUACCUCUUCGUAACUUUACCAAUCUUUAUGGAUAUCUUGCGAAUCUUGACUGCAGCGGUUGUAUCUGUCCAUCGAUAAUGAUGAAAGAAGAGGAUGAGGAAAUUAUCGAAGAAGAGGAAUUAUUCUAUCCUCCGUGCACUGACGUUUCAUUUUUCGAAAUGUAUCCGUGGUCAGAUUCAACGAUCUCUUAUAGACCGAAGAGUGCAAUGGAAUUUCAGGAAAGAGGAGACGAGGAGGAGGAAAGGAGCAUUCUAAGUUCGUCCAUCGAGAAUGUAAAAGAAGAGCCAGUGGUCGAGAAAAAGAAGGAUGAGAUUGAAAGCAAAGUGGAGGAAACGGUUGAAACUAGAGAAAUGUUAGAGAGAGAUGUUAGAAACAAAGAGGAAACUGAUACGAAGAAUCUCACAAACGAUGAGACCUCACAAGGUUUGGAACAAACUGAUCGGGAAACGAAAAUUGCCAAUGAGGUCGAGACGAUCGAUGAUUCGGCUAAGGAAGCGGAGGAUAUCGAAGUAGUUGAGAUGGCUGCCGAUAAGGAAAAAGUAGAAGAGGAGCCUGAGAAAGUCGAACGUAAAGAACAAGAAGUUCAAGAACAACAGGAUCAACAGGAUUUGUAUCUAGAUGAUACGAUUUUCGAUCGGGACGCUAUAGUUGAUUUUGAAGAUGAAUGGUAUCCUUCUAUGGAGAGAAUGGAAGCACUUCCUUCGGAUGAAUUCGUUGACGUUAUUAGCGACAUUUGUACGUGUACCAAAAUGGAGGAACCUAUUCCUACACCUCCUCCACCUCCGUGCGAUCCGGUCGAAGAGUUUAUUAAAAGAAUGGAAAAACGAAUCGAUAAGAAUCAACUGAAAAGUUUUUUUAAAAUAGACGGUAUCGGUCCACCGGUUUCAGAGACAGUAGUGACCGCUGUUUAUGUCUGGUUAAGUGAAUGUGGUCGUCGUCAAGAAGGUUAUGUCGGACCACGCAACAUCAAACACUUUCUUUGUCCGAAUCUUCAGAAUUUUAUCGUUUGCCAAUAAUCGAGAAGAAUUUCGUUUCUCUUUGCAUUCUACGAAAAUGUAGAAUUUAUUCGAUCGAUUUUUAUAUUAGUUACGUAUAGGUAUUAUGUCUAUAUGUAUACGUUUAUAUGUGUAUGCGUGUUAGUAGGUACGUUUAAUUUCCCAUCGAUGAAAGAACUUAAAUUUCUCUAUAAAUGAAUUUUCCAUUUUGCGACGCAAAUACCGAUCCCAUCGAAUCGCAUUUGCCAAGAUUUUAUGUACCGCGUUUUACGUUAUACAUACUCUAUCACGGAUUUUACAUAAUAAAACGUAACGUUUUGUUUUGCUCGAAAUAUUAUCUAUCGGAGAUACAUUAACGAAUCGUAAUAUCACUUAUUCGUUUUUUUUUUCUUUUUCUUUUUUUUUUCUUUUUUCUUUCACUUCUCUCUCUCUCUCUCUCUCUCUUUCUCUCUCUCUCUUUCUCUCUCUCCAACAAAGAACGUAUUAUUCCGUGAAAUUAUUUUUAAUCGCAAUGUAAUGUACAAGUACUUACUUUAGAUGCUUUUCUAAUAUAUACGUUACGCUCUGCUAUGUAAUUUUAUGCAAAGUAAAAUCGAAUGGGUUUCCUUUAAUUAUUGUAUCAGUUCAUUUUUCUUCUUCUCUCUCUCUCUCUCUUUCUUUCUCUCUCUUUUUCUCUCUGUUUUUUCUUUCUUUUCCUGUUUCCAUUGGGAAUAAAAUACAUCAGAGAUUAUUGUGCUAUUCUAGCUUAAAACCUUAAAAACGUCAUUGAAUCCUUUCCGUUCAAUCGAUACACUGUUAUUCCACUACGCUUCUCUCUUUUCCCCAAAGAACAAAUACUCUCCAGGUAAUAAAAUAGUUUUAUUUAUAUUACCGUUCACAAUUAUCUCGUGUAAUUAGAUAAACGUAAUAAACAUUCGUAGAGAAAGGUAGAUGUUAUUGCUUAUCGAAAAAAAAUGUUGCGUAUCGCGGAUGAAAGUUUAUUUUUAUCAUUCUCUCUCUCUCUCUCUCUCUCUCUCUCUCUCUCUCUUUCUCUUUCUCUCUCUUCCUCCCUCUCUCUCUUUUUUGUAAGAGGUAAAGCCUUAAAGUGUGAGCCUAAUUUGUAGUCAGUAGCCUUACUUCAGCAAUUUUCAACUUAACUAAUCUCAUCGAUUUUUCACAGUGCUCCUGUGAUAUUCGAGGGUAUAUUUCCUCACUUCCGUCCAAUUAGCAAGAUAAUUUAUUGUAAUAUCGAAGGAGAAACGAGGUCGAAAAUGCUUUCGAGCGCGUAUUUUAGUAGCAUAAGCGCGUUAGUAGAACGUUAGAACGGCGAUAGAAUUUCUGUUAGAUAUUUGUAAUAUGCGUAUACGUGUAUAUAUAACUAGGUAUACAUAUCUAUGUGUAUAUAUAAAUAUAUACAUAUCUAAAUAUAUACCUACUUAAAUAUGUAUAUAUUUCGACAUAUGAGUAUCUCAUAUCAGAGAUAUCUCAUAUGAUCGUUAAACGACCGUACCGUUGCUUUCAUAGCUUUCAUGCUUUCAUUCGAGAAGAUCGAUCUUAAUUUAACUUACGAGAAACUAGAAAAAAAUAUUGUAAUUAAAUGUGGAAGCAUUUUUCUCACCGAACGAUGAGUAUAAUCUUCCAAUGGAUAAUCCGUUGUAAUAAUCAGAGAUGGCGUCGAUUGGAGAACUUGCGGAAUGAAAUGCACGUUGAUUAUUAAGCAAACAUUUAUUCGGGUAUCCUGGAAUCCAGAUAUCCGGUAGGAUUUUCGGGUCCGUGGACCAACGCAAAAUUGAUUUUAAUGUAUCCUCAUUCCUAAACGUAACCACAAUGAACAUAGCGAAGGUUCGCGUGAAGAUCUGGAAUUUUAAUAUAACAGUUUCGCUCGAUUGCACGAAAACUUAGUUCGAAGUAGUUGAAGUUCGCUUCAAGUCUUGGAGCACCAGAAUGCUCGUACGUCGUUAAAGCCAGACACACAGACUAGAAGAGUGAGAGAGAUAAAUAAAUAGAUGGAUGUAUGUGCGCGUACGCUCGCAUUUGUAUGUAUAUGAAAGAGAGAGAGAGAGAGAGAGAGAGAAGGAAAGAGAGAGAAAAAGAAAAAGAAACGAGGGGAAAGCUUAUCGAUUUUCGUCGACCCACACACGUACAUAUAUACAUAUACACAACAUGGAGGGUUUGUAAAUUCUACGGAUUGCUUCGUGACCCAUUCCAACUAACGUCUACUUACCACAUCGUCGAUUUUACCCAAGGGUCGACGAGGACGAGUAGAACGACGAUGACGACGACAACGACAACGACGAAGAAGAAGAAGAAGAAGAAGAAGAAGAAGACAAGAACGACGGGGUUUCGAGAUAUACAUACUGACUUCCUCUGAUAUCUUUCGACUAUCUUUAACUGGAUGCAAGGGGAAGAAGGACGAUAUCCGCUUUAACACAGCGGUCGCCUAUUUCGUAGGGCAUACGCGCAAUUCGUCCGAUUAGAUCAACGAAAAAUGGGUCGUACUGAGAUAGAAAAAAGAAGGGUGAUAUCCUCUUUGAUCUAUCUAUAUAAACUAGAAGCUCGUAUACCUUUUUACUUCUGCGUAACGUAUCAUUAUUUGUAUAAAAAAAUAUAUAUAUAUAUACGUAUACACGUGUAUAUAUAUAUAUAUAUAUAUAAUCUCUUUUUUAUUCCCCUCAC